UCGAGUCACAGGCUCUCGCCAGUCCCAGGUCCCAAGUCCCAACCGCGACCGGCCGACGACGACCACACGCCGGUGGCUCCAAGCUAGACUCCCGCGGCUACUCUCUCAGGCGUUCAGGCCAACGAAGCACCCUGCACCCCGCGGUAUGCUGCCCCUUGCACACCCCACUCGCUAUCCCCACCUCCGCCCAGCAUCUCGAGCCCCACCUCCGGGGCGCUCUCUUGCCCGUAUCCGAGCUGGACCUCGCCUUCCCCAGCGCGCCCUCACCCACACCCGAGCGAAAACUCCGAGUGCGGAAGCGGGCGAGACCGAAACCACCUCCGCCGCCGCUACGAGCGGCGGGACCAGCAGCAGCAGCGUCUUGUCGUUCCUGUGCCCGCUUCUCAAGUUCUUCGGGGGCGGUGAUCCUUCUCAGGAACGGAAUGACAUCGUCGAGGUGACAACAUCUUCUCUUUCAAGUUUAGCUAGACUGCCAUGGGGAUCAAGUGUGGCAGUUAGUAGCGGCGAGGAUGUUAGUACAGCAAUGGGUGCUCCAACUCUGCAACUGUAUGAGUUUGAGGCAUGUCCCUUCUGUAGGAGAGUUCGGGAGGCCAUGACUGAGCUUGAUCUUUCUGCAGAGGUUUAUCCUUGCCCAAAAGGAUCGCUGAGGCAUAGAGACGCAGUCAGGAAAAUUGGAGGGAAGGAGCAGUUUCCACUUCUUGUUGAUGCAAGUACUGGUGUCACAAUGUAUGAAAGUGGAGAUAUUGUUAAGUACCUGUUCAGACAGUACGGACAAGGAAAGAGCCCUUCCUUUGGACUCCUUGAAAGUACAAUUUUCACUGGAUGGGUGCCUACUCUUCUCCGAGCUGGAAGAGGGAUGACAAUGUGGAGCAAAGGUGGCGCGGCACCUUCAGAGAAGCUGGAACUCUUCUCGUUUGAGAACAACACAUAUGCAAGGAUCGUCCGUGAGGCUCUCUGCGAAUUGGAGCUUCCUUAUGUUCUCCAGAACGUGGGAGAGGGGUCAUCGAAGAUGGAUUCGCUGCUAAGGAUAGCGGGUUCUAAACAGGUACCGUACCUGAUUGAUCCUAACACUGGGUUCCAGUCGGGGGACCAUAAGAAGAUACUAUCCUACUUAUUUCAACAAUAUUCUGUCAGUAGCUAAGCUUCCCUCUGAAAUCUCGGUAAACCAUAGACAGUUUAAGAUGGCAUGCAUAGCUUCCCUUGUACAUUUGCCGUGGCGUGAAGCUUUGCCUCUGAAGUGUUUGUGGAUUGUGCUUCUUUAAUUCCACGUAUGAUUUU